GCUACGGGGCGGACGUUCGUAGCGUUUUCGCUGUAUCGCUCCACGGUGUUUGCGAUGUAUGGAGUUGUAACUUAUAAUUUGUGAAAGCAAAUAGUGAAAAUUUGGAACUGAAAUGAACACUCAAUAUUCAGAAUAACCGAUAAUCACUCGUACUACUAUUAUUGAUUUGUUCUACGGUGAAUCAAAUGAAGCCCUCGUAGAACAAAUGAAACUGCACUAAAACAAAUGAAACUGCACUAAAACAAAUGAAACUGCACUAAAACAAAUGCAGCUGCAAUUUAACAAAUGAACGUCCAGUGCGUCCGAUGAAUUCGCGAUGGCUCAGUGAUAGACUGAAAAUGUACUCUUUUGGAUAAAUACGGAAAUAGGCUAGGAUGUGGAUCGAACGGACUUGUUUUUGGUUGCUGCAGGCUAUAGCUUUGUUACCCACGAUGGCCAUGAAAGACUCGCAAAUGACUACCAAAAAGUUUUUGGAGGAGCCAGAGUUUGAGCGGCCGAUUGGGAACCACACCUUCUUUCUUGGGAGAGAGGCAGUGCUUGGUUGUGCUGUGACUAACCUGGGGAAGCACAAAGUGGGCUGGCUCCGCGCCGAAGAUCAGACAGUGCUGACGAUGCACGAGCGAGCAGUUCUCGGGGCCAGGUACUCGGUCAACCUGGACGCCCCUAGAACCUGGCAGCUGAGGAUCAGGCCUCUUCGGGCUGAGGACCGAGGCUGCUAUAUGUGCCAGAUCAACACACAGCCUAGCAUGAAGUGGCAGAUCGGCUGCAUCGAUGUUUAUGUGCCCCCUGACAUCAUAAGCGACGACACAUCAUCAGACGUCUCCGUCCAGGAGUUGGAGAACGCCACCCUCACCUGCAAAGCCACGGGCCACCCUCCUCCGAAGAUCACUUGGAGGAGGGAAGACCACGAGCCUAUACUGCUGAAGAAGCCACUGUCAAGAGAGUUUGAUAAAGUGGAGAGCUACGUGGGAAGCUCCCUGCCCCUCUGGCGGGUGGACCGGCGGCAAAUGGGCGCGUUCCUCUGCAUCGCCUCCAACGACGUCCCUCCCGCCGUCAGCAAGAGGAUCAUACUUUUAGUCAACUUUGCCCCUACUGUAAAAGUGCCAAACCAGCUGCUCGGAGCGCCUCUGGGCACGGACGUGAAGCUGAAGUGUUACGUGGAAGCUUACCCCAACACGAUCAACUACUGGAUCAAGAACAGGGGGGAGAUGCUUCUAGAUGGACCCAAGUACACUAUCCGGGAAGAGAAGUCGUCAUACAAGGUGUCCAUGUGGCUGACCAUCAGGCAAUUCUCCAAAAGCGACAUCGGGACUUACAACUGCGUGAGCACCAACUCUCUAGGAAAAAGCGAGGGAACUCUUAGACUAUAUGAAAUAAAACUGAAUUCAUACUCAGAAGACUUCAGCAAUCAAAUCAGCGUAGCUGGAGGACUGACCGAACCGGCUAAGGGGAACUCUGCAAACAGCCAAGCCAUCUGGACGUUGUUAUUAUUAACGACAUACUUGUUCAUAUUCACGUAGUUUACAUAACGACAUGUAAAUAAAUGUUAAGAUCGUUUUAUGCUUUAAAAGUGGAACGUAAUUCAAUUACAUGUUUCAAUUGUUGUAAAUAUUAGACUAAGGAUGUUCAUUGUAAAUUAAAGUACACAACGAUGUAGAUAUCCUGAUUAUUAGUUCGUGUAACCGAUGUUUCGCUUAGAACCGCCAAAAUGGAAGUAUUGUUUACAUUUUUGUGUGUAAACUCAUCGCUCGAUUAUA